AUGCUAGUAUCCACAACGCAGACUGGCAUCGUGGGUCGAGUGUCAGCUACAUCCAACAAUAAUGAAGCAAUCACGUACUCUAUUGACACGGACAACGGUCAUCUACUAUCACGUCUUUCUAUAAACAAUGAGGGCGAACUGCACUUGUCUGCUCCGGUUGAUAGUGGUGUUUACACUUUCCAAGUUGUUGCUGCUACUGCACAAGCAAGGGCCACAGCUACGGUACAUCUUACAUCGCAAGCAGCCACGGUAUGCGACGAUCGUGGCAUUGUAGUACCACCGUUGAUUGUAAUAGAUCGAGACGAAGAAGAGGAACACAGGAAUCUAGUGGUACUUGAUCCUACGCAACAUGCUGGCUGCCGUUACACCAUGACAAAUCGAUGGCCCACACAGCAAUCAUGGCUAUAUGUCGAUGAAACUGGAUUACACACCACAGCAAUAGACAGAGAACACGAGUCUAUAGCGUUCAUGAGCGUUUCACAAGUUCAAGUGGAGCUUCUAUUACAAUGUGACAAUGACCCUGUACGAACAAGACGCUCGGAACGCUCAUACGAUUGGCUUGACCCCUAUGAAUACGGUAGCAAUAAAUGGAUCCUCACAGACUCGAUCCCCUACAACUCUAGACGUACCUUAGUAAAUGUGAUAGUGAAUGACAUCAAUGAUAACGCUCCUAUAUUUGUGGGUAAAGGAAACGAACCAAUUGCUGUCGGAUAUCCAAGUAGUGAGCUCGAAGAUAGGAUAUUACCUCGCUCUUUAGCAGAGUUGCAGGCGACAGACGCAGAUAUCGGAAUAAAUGCUGCAUUAAGGUACUCCAGUUCAGAGAGUGUGCUAGCUGUCGCACCAACUACAGGCUUCGUUCACGUGCGAAGUGGUGCUAAUCUCCAGCACAACCAGGUCCUUACUGUAACAGUCACUGAUCAAAAUGGAGAAGGAUUGUCUGGAACUAUCCAACUAGUAGUAAAACUAUUGGAUGUAAGCCAUAUAGCAGUAGUGACUGUCAGAGAUGUCUUCCUAGACGAUGAAAAAACAGUCUUAACUCAGUUAAGUGAUGCCGUCGGAUAUGAAGUCAAGGCUUUGAGGUCAGUUGUCGUAUCUGAUGACAUAAAUGAAGAUGUCACUAGGCACAAACGGCAAACUAACGCCAGAACUUCACUACAACUUUAUGUAUAUGGACUAGUCGAACAAGAACCUGUUGUAGUUACUCAACUGACAAGUGAUCUUAAUAACCAAGCUGUCAUCCAGAAUGUAGUUACCAUCCCACUGGAAACUCAUUUGGAAAAUGGGAACACAGUGAUACAAACUGCAGUUGGUUUGUUGAUAGCUACAAUAAUCCUUAGUGUUCUACUAUUUGCGGCUCUUUGUGUAAUAGCCGUUUGGUUCUUCCUAAGAUGGAGGAAGAACAGACAUUACAACGAAUUCACCGAUAGUAGCAGUCUUACAUCAAGAAAUGCAUCACUUGGAGAGCAAGACAAACCAGAAGAAGUCAGACCACGACUGAAUAUUGAAGAACUAAAGAAAAGCGAGAAAAGAUUACAAGAAAGAUUGGCAGCCCCUAUGGAAGAGAUUGCAAUAGAACCGAUGCCAAGAAAACAAGAGCCUGCUGUGGAAGCUAUAUUAGAUAUGCCAGUGCCUCAACAUAGUGUACCAAUAGUGAUACAAUCAAUUGAUAAAUUAAAAGAUGCUGACGAUGACAGUGACAAUGAUGAAUUUGAGGAAGUCAGUAAAGCACGUAGAAAAUCCGUAGUGACAUUUAAUGAAAAUGUUGAAAAGAUAAUUCAUGUACAAAACGAGGUUGAUGAAAGCGAAACAGAUGGCAUUAUUACUGUUGAUAACGAUGAUGCCGGCAGUACUAGCACCGAUGACAUUGCAAUUUACAGACUAUAA